AUGAAAAUCUUGAUAGCAGGAGCCGGGCCUGUAGGAUUAUGCUGCGCCCAUUUAUUAGGGCAUGCAGGAAUAGAAAGUGUUUUGAUAGAAAAGCAAGUAAAGCUUGGGACACAUCCAAGUGCGCAUUAUAUUCACUCAAGAAGCAUGGAAAUCUUAAGAGAUAUAGGGAUCAGCCAGCAGAUAUAUGAAAAUAUGCCAAAUAAAGAGAAUUGGAGGAAGUUUAUAUAUUGCAAAAAUAUUUUAGGAGAGGUUUAUAGGUCCCACGAUCAUUUUAGCACCGCUGCUUAUCAAUUGAAUAACAAGCUAAGUGAUAUGCAUACUGCCCAUUUUCCACAACACAAAUUGCUAAGCUUGCUAGCUAAUUCUUUACCAGAAACAGCCAGCUUGAGUCUAGGAAAAGAAUUCUCUGAGUUAUCUCAAGGGGCAAGUGGAGUUAAAGUAAAAACAGCUGACGGGGAAGAAUUCGAAGGAGAUUAUUUAAUUGCAUGCGAUGGCGCCAGCAGCAAAGUUAGAAACUUUUUAGGCAUUAGGCUAGAAGGCACUGGAAUCCUUCAGCAUUUCUUAAAUAUUCAUUUUAUCUCAAAAGAAUUAGGCUCUCUUGCCAAAAAUAACCCUGCAAUGAUAUAUUUUGUGUAUAAUCCUGAAAACGUUUGUGUGAUGGUGAUGCAUAAUGCAGACGAAGGGGAGUUCAUAAUGCAGUACCCAUUUUAUCCUGAACACCAGCAUUUAUCUAAUUUCACAGAUGCAGACUAUAAGGAAAUAAUAAGCAGUGUGGCAGGAAGCAGUAUCAAUGAUGUUGAGAUAAAAUCAAUAAAGCCUUGAAGAUUGGCUUCUAGACUAGCAAAUGAGUUUUCUAAGGACAGAGUUUUUCUAGCAGGAGAUUCAGCACAUCAAAUGACUCCAGCAGGAGGGUUUGGUCUUAAUUCAGGAAUUAAAGAUGCCCAUUGCUUAUGCUGGAGAUUUCAAUAUCCAGAACUAUUGAAAUUUUACAGCCAAGAAAGACAUCAGUUUUUAGAAGAAAUUUUGAAGACUUCACUUGGCUAUUAUUAUAAAGCAGUAAAUAUAGCUAAAAAUUUUCGGUUGGAUUUAGAUAAUAUGAAAAUUUUUCAAGACUUUACCUCAUACCUGCCGUUUGGAAAUGAAUGAAUUUUUAACCAAGGCAUGAAAUGGGGCCAAAAAGCUAUGUUUAAUGACGCAAAUGCAAGAUAUUAUUUAAGUGAUGACAAAAAUUUGAUUGAUAAUGUUCAUCCUAAAGAGGACUUGGAAUUGGCCUACACAUCUGGGUAUUUUGAGAAUGGAGGCGAAUUAGCCCCAAAUGUUGAAAUUUUGUAUGAAAAUAAAAAAAUCCCAUUGAGAGCGCUCCCUGCAGUGCUGAUGAAGAAAAAUAAAAAACCGGUUUUUAUAAAACUUGAAGGAAAAAAUCCUCUACCAACUAUUCCAUAUGAGACAUUUACGAUGCCUUCUCAUAGCAGCACUUCUUAUCUUAUAAGACCUGAUGGACACCUAUAUUCCUCUAACUUCCAUGAGCGAACAAAACACAUUAGAAAAGUUUCUUAUUUCUUACUCCCUCCCCCCCCCCCCCUCCGUGAGCGAACAAAACCAUUAGAAAAAAUCGCCAUUUUUUGACCAAAAACCCACCCUCCGUGAGUGAACAAAAAUUUUUUUUUAUAGAAAAAAUUUUAAUGGAAAAAAAAUUUUGAUAUAUAAGUGAUAAUUAGUAUAAUGAAAUCUAGAGCUAAUUCUGUUUAAUUUUAAACAAAUUGCGUUUUAAAACAUAAAUUUUGCAAAUUAAAUUAAUAUUUGCUUUCCCAAUUUUUGCAAAUUAGGAUUUUUUUAAAUUUCGAAAAAAAUAUUUUUUAUAAAAUUUAUAUAUAAAUUUUUUUUAAAAAAAAAAAAUUAACCCCCCUCCGUGAGUGAACAAAAUUUUUUUGUUCGCUCACGGAGGGGGGGGGGGGAGUUAGCUAAAAUUAUUCUUUUUAAAAUUUAAGCAGCUUGCAUCUUAAAAUAUAAAUUUAACAAAUUAAGUUAGCUUUUUACUAUCCAAUUUUGUCAAUUGGGAAUUUUACUAUGAAAUUUUAAAACUUUUGUUCGUGGAUAAAAAAUUUUUUCGCUCACGGAUGGGCAGAGAGUAAGUAA